CAACAUAACUGCACCUCACGGCGUAAACAUGUUUAGAAGCGGGUGUUGGUCACUAGGGCGAUCACGUGACUGCGUUUGGAGAAGUUAACUAGCACUUACUUGGUUAUUUUUUUCCCUUUGGUAGUUUUCUUUCUUAUUUCUUUAUUUAUCGUUUGUUUAUUAAAAACCAAGCCGCAGUCUAGAGGAAGUUCUUUGUUGCGUACACACAUACACACACACACACACACACACACACUGUUGUUAGGAGAAAACAGUCUCACACCAGUACAGCAAGGAGAAAACGACCUUGACUUAUUCUUGAAGAAGCAUGAAAUCACAUGUCAUCCUCCUGUGUCUUGGAUAUGUGCUCUUGACAUCUGCCCAUAGCAUUCAUAAUAAAGAAUGGACCAAACUCAUCCUGACUCACCACUGGCCACAAACGUUUUGCAGUAUGGAACAUUGCACUACAAACUUUACUUACUGGACCCUGCAUGGAUUAUGGCCCAACAGUGGUGCUGAAUGUAAUGCAUCGUGGCAUUUCAAUGCAAGUUUGAUCGAAGACCUGCUACCAGAAAUGAAAAUUUUUUGGCCAAAUCUCCUUAAACCUGAAUCUACAAUAUUCUGGAAGCAUGAAUGGACGAAGCAUGGGACAUGUGCCGCUAAAGCGGAGGCCAUGAACACUCAGCACAAAUAUUUCAGCAAAGCCCUGGAACUUUACCACAAGCUGGACCUUGAUGGCAUUUUAAGGAAGAGCAAUAUCGUUCCUUCUGAAACCUACUACAAGUUAACAGAUUUGGAAAACAGCAUCAGCAGUUCAUAUGGUGUAACUCCAAAAAUCCAGUGUGUUUCCGAACAAAAGCAAACGGAUUUUCAAAUCUUGGGCCAGAUUGAGAUCUGUUUUGACAAGCAGUUCCAGCUUGUUGAGUGUGAACAUAGCAGGGAGGAGCUUCAGAGCCAAAGCAACAGCUUUCACACAGGAUUUACUGUAUGCGACAUCUCCGUGCCAGUGUAUUAUCCUCCGCUUGGAAGCUCUCUUUAGACGCGACGCUUUCUUAAAGCUGUUGCCGUUCGUGUCUAUGAUGUGGUGCAAUCAGAUAUGAAGCAACCAUAAUUCACGUCCGUUCUGUUUUGGCAUGUUAAAUACGAAACUCUUGAGGGAACAGUGUUUUUUUGUUUGUUUGUUUGUUUGUUUGUUUUUUGACAGCCUGUUUAAAAUGCCAGUUUGGACACCUCACUGAUUUUACCACACAGGUUUCGAGCAGUAGACUUCCUUAUACAGGCAAUAGGCUAUAGGCUAGUAUUUCAGUGCAAUUCAUAUUUAGACCACUGGAGGUCACUGCUUGCACUGUCAAUAUCUCAAGCAGGCUGAAAAAGUGAUUCUGAUGUUAUGUAAUUAUUAUGGAAAAUUUUAACCUUGAAUGAAUGUUUAAUAUGAAACAUUCUCAACAGAUGUAGAUAGGUUUAAACAAUGUUUCCGAAAGUAAACAAUGUUUCCGAAAGUAAACACUUUUAAAAUACAUUUUAUCGAAAGUACUUUAUGAUCAGUGCCUUAACACAUCAGCAGUAAUCAUUUUCUCCAUCAGCUAUUCAAGAACAUGCCACACAGCUCAGCAUUAUAGCUCAGAAUGUUAAUAAAAGCCAUUAAACAUCUGUACUGUAACAUAAUGUCUCACUGCUGAUUAUGAUGUUAUAUCUCUUGGUUGGUUGUUGUUUUCUAUACUGAAUAUAAUUGAUUGGAACUUAAUUGAAAGGGUCUUAUUUGUAUAUUUGUGUGCAUGAAUUCAAUCCAAAGUACUGAAUUUGAAUAAAAGGUUGUUUAUUA